UGCUAAUUAUUCUGAUAUAAUAAGCAUAUAAGUAUAAAAUAUGCAGAUCUUGAGGCCAAUGCAGCAAUGGCAUGAAUUCAUGCAAAUCGAUGAUUAGAAAACGUGUAAUACUUGGUACAAUGUAUGACUGCAUACGCUCUGACCCUGCGUCUGCAAUCAUGGCUGGCCUUCCCUGCACAAGAAACUCGAUACUAAAUCAAUGCGUAUGCUUAUUAAUACUUAUUAAACAAUUAAUCAGUCCUGCCUCUGUUCAGUUCGAGAUCACCCGCUCCAUGAAAAACAAUCUUCAGGCGAUUUCAGAACAUUAAAGUUUACGUAGUUAAAUGAUAAUGUUUGCGAAAAUAACAGUGGUACUUUCAAUGUGUGCUCUACACGUUAUUUGUUUUGAUCUCGGCGGUCCUGCAGGGUUUAUGGCCGAUUGUCCAGGAAUGAACCGCAGCACCAAGUUGUCAGAGCGCACCAAAAGGUCUCAGUCGGUAGUGGUGAUUCGACCCUCGAGUGGGAUCCUGUCAAGCCUCAUCGCAGAGAAGCGGUGCAGCAUCAGUGCUAGCGGCGCUGAGUGCACUGCGGACCACAUCGACCUGUCGAAAAGGAAGACACAGGUGGUGAUCGGAGGAUACCUCAAUUCGGCGUCGUCUAUACUAGUCCGCUCAGUGGUGCAGCCUUAUCUGGACCUCGGCCGCAACGUCAUCGUGGUAGAAAUCUUCCCUCUGCUUCUACGCACAUAUCCUGUGGCAGCUCGAGUGACAAGGCCGUUCGGCGCGCUUAUCGGGGAGUACCUCGCAUCGCUCACUGAGCACGGACUGACGGCCAACCGACUGGAACUGCUGGGAGCCAGCUUGGGCGCACACAUAGCUUCAUACGCAGCUGAGAAGUUCUGGGAGCUGACUGGGACGAGGCUGGCUAGACUAUCAGCUUUAGACCCAGCAGGGCCGUGUUUCCGCAACUUACCAUACCUGCACCGACUGAACCACCACGUGGCGAGGCGAGUGGACGUGCUGCACACCAACAUUGACGGCUUCGGCAUAGCGGACCCCUUGGGCCAUGUGGACUUUUACGCUAAUGGAGGAGAGUACCAGCAUGCAAUAAAGAAGGAAUUUCUUCUACCGUGUCUCGUAUACUGCAGCCACACCCGUUCCGCCUUUUACUGGAUAAAGGCGUUCAUGAACCCUGAGGAGUUCAUCGCCGUCCGCUGCGACUCCGUGGCGAGGGCGCGACGAGGCGACUGCUAUCGGACCAACGUCACCACAAAUCUCCUUGGACCCAGAACGGACUUUAAAAAACCAGGAAUAUACUACCUCCCCACCAACGGAGCACCCCCCUACUACAGAGGCAAAGACGCCCUCAAAGCAAGAAGCCUCGGCUCCAACACAUACCUCCUAAGAGUAGCCCCCGACGAGGACAUAAUUCUCUGACAAAUAAAACACAAAAUACA